CCGGCGAAUACCGUCGCUCCUGUUGUUCUUCCAGUCGCGUAGACAAUACGCGUGCGGCAGAGAAAAUAGACGGGAGUCGCCAAAACUUGUGGGAGCUGUGUCGCAAAAAAAAAAGUGAUAAGAAAAAGGACGACGAUUCCUCGGGAGUAUAGUGCGGUGAAAGUAUUAAUUAAUUGCACGAUCGUCGCUAUUUAUUGGUUUUCCUCGCCCGCGUACCACGCGAAAAGAAGAUUAUCCUGAUGGUCAGAGUGUGCGAGCUAAUUAUUAUGCAACUCCUUGGCACCGUUAUAACUACAUCCAAUUUGAUCGAUAGCGUCAGCGCGAAUUAUCACAAGGAAUGGGUCGUCAUGAUACACGGUGGACCGCAAGUCGCGUCGCUAUUGGCAGCUCAGUUUGGUUACAAAUAUCAUGGCCCGGUUCUCGGAUUCAAUGACACAUAUAUAUGGCUUACGGAUGAUAACCCGAGCCAGAAGAAAAGAGGAAAUCUUCGCUUAACGAAGGACCUUAAUGCAAAUUCCAAGAUCAUUUGGGCGGAUCAACAGAAAACUGUGAAACGACUUAAACGCGAUUACAUCUCGUUAACUGACCUAGAAUCUGAAAAACCUUUAACGAGAGAAAAGCGUCUGCAAUUAAAUGCAUACGAAGCUGCAUCAAAUGCCGUUAAUAACGAGGAGGAAAUUUACGAUGCUGCCCAUAGAAUAUUUAAUGACGAGCUUUGGGAUCAAGAAUGGUAUCUGCAAGAUACGAAGACCGAAAAAGCUUUGCCGAAGCUCGACUUAAACGUUCUACCUCUCUAUCGACGAGGGAUAACUGGUCGUGGAAUAAGGAUUGCUAUUCUCGACGAUGGUUUGGAAUACAAUCAUGAUGAUCUGCGGAGCAACUACGAUGCAGAAAUUAGUUACGACGUGAACGAUAACGACACUGAUCCCCUUCCAAGAUAUAAUGGGAAAAACGCUCACGGCACCAAGUGUGCCGGCGAGAUAGCGAUGGAAGCCAAUAACCGGAAAUGCGGUGUCGGUAUUGCCUUCGAGGCGUCUAUCGGCGGCAUUAAGCUCCUCGAUGGCCUAAUGAACGAUCGCGUGGAGGGCGAGGCCCUCAGCUACAAACAAGAACUCAUUGACAUCUAUUCGGCUUCCUGGGGACCGUCUGAUGAUGGAGAGACCUUGGACGGACCCCGCAGACUCGCCAGCGAGGCGCUCAAGCGCGGCGUAAAAGAAGGUCGUAACGGCAGAGGUAACAUUUACGUAUGGGCCUCUGGGAAUGGUGGUAAUUCGGAUAACUGCGGAUACGACGGAUAUGUUGGAAGUAUAUACACUGUAGCCGUAGGAUCAGUUAGCCAAACUGGAAAACUUCCUUGGUACGGAGAAAGAUGUCCUGCUGUUCUCGCUACGACAUACAGCAGCGGCGCGUAUUACGAUCAAAAGAUAGUAACAACAGAUCUGAAGAACACCUGUACGACCAAUCAUACAGGUACUUCAGCUUCUGCCCCAUUAGCCGCUGGGAUAUUAGCUCUCGCGCUGCAAGUAAAUAAAAACUUAACAUGGAGAGACGUUCAGCAUUUGAUAGCUUGGUCAUCAGAGUACAGUCCUCUUGGCCAAAAUCCGGGAUGGUUUAAGAAUGCGGCUGGAUUCUUGUUUAACCCGGCUUUCGGAUUUGGUCUUAUGAACGGGAAAGCAUUAGUAAUGGCGAGCUACGAUUGGGCGACAGUACCGGAGAAGACUAUUUGCGAAGUGGCUAACACGUACGACACGAAUAAUUUCAAAAUAACUUAUGGAAAUGUGAAGCGUCUGCUUUUCGAUGCAAGUAACGUUUGUCGAUCGUCGGGAAGUGAAAUUAUCUUUUUGGAACAUGUGGAGAUCGAGGUGAAUCUCAACUACUCUUGUCGCGGCGCACUGGAGAUGAAUCUGCGUUCGCCAUCAGGUACUUCAGUCCAGAUUCUAAGUUCAAGAAAGCGGGAUAAGUCCAAAGAUGGUUUUAGAAAGUGGAAGUUCAUGUCCGUCGCGACGUGGGGCGAAGACCCUCGAGGAACAUGGAUCUUGUACAUAUUUGAUAGAAUAGGCCCGAAGCAAAAUCAUGGUACUAUUGGGGAAUUUACACUGAUUUUGCAUGGCACCGAGCAAAUUCCAACCUACCGCAGAAACGGACCGAGAAUUUAUAAUGAGGAUUACAAUUCUAUGCAUAAAACUUACGAUGCUGUAAAGCCGAUUGCGAAAAAUUCCAUAAAGUAUAAAUAUGAUCAAGACGUAGAAUCACCAGAAGUUAAUGACAUUUUGCUUGGGCAGUGGUUGGAUUAACUAUUAAGUUUCGCCAGCUUUCUAGUUGUCAUUAAAUACUUAAAUUAACGACUAAUAUUUCACUAAGCAAAAUUAAAAAUACUUGAACAAUAUUACUGCGAAUAGUUAGCAGCGAUAUUCACAAAUAAAUUUAUUUUAUAUCAACAUUUGCAAGCUCACACAAUCACAUUUUUAGAAUAAAUUAAUUUUAUUUAAUUUUAUUAAUUCUUUCUUCGUUACAUUACAUCCGUCUUCCAUUCUUUAAGGAUACAGUGUAUUAAUAACAAUUGCAAUUUAUUUAUGAGAAUUUGCGAUGUAUACAUGACUGCAUUUUGUUAUGAGACUUUGCAUAUAGUUGUGUAUUAACAGGUGGUUAAUUGCAUUUCGAUAUCAAUAUUAAUCAUAAGCAUAAUGAAAUAAACAGUUUUCCACGAAUGUACUAGUGAGAUAAUUACGUGAAAUAAAUGUGUAUAUGUGUAUAUAUAUCAUUCGAAAUACACAUAUACCUUUAAUUCGCAAAGUAAAGCUUUGCAUGCAUCUCUUUGAUGCGGUUAAUUGGUUCAUUUAACGACUAAUGUUACUGAUAAUAAACAUUUCCGAAAUUCGAGACUCUACAAAACGAGAUAGCAGCUUUCGUACAUACAAGAUAUGCUGUAACGCGUGAAUUACAACGACCGUAAUUGAAAUAGAAAUCACAAACGUUGACCUUUUUACAAUUACGUGCAAAACAUCAGUAAUUAUCAUGAAACAAUGAAUAUAAUUACGCAAAUAUAUUUGUGCCAAUCAAGAUUUCACUUUUAAAAUGUUAUAUUUAUUUUUAGCGUACCUUUGAUAUAAAAACCUCAUAUUUUUUUGUUCAUUUUUUUUUUCUUAUCAAAACACAAACAGAUUGCCAAAAUUUCUCAAAUCUCUAUAAUAUAAUUUUUAAUCCUUUCUGUGCUAAAAGCAUAUACAAAUAGAAGAAUAUUUACUUUAAAAAUCUUCGAUUUGAAUUUUCCGAGAAACUCAUUUCUCGAAAAUAUUCGCUUUAGAUAUGCAAUCUUUUAUGCACCAUCUUAAGAAUUUACAUAUACUCGGUCUUGCUACUGUGAAAUGUCGUAUAGAUCCAAUGAUACAUACGAAUGUUUCUUUUUACACAUAUCAACGAUUAUCAUAAAAAAAUGGAAAACGAAGAUGGAUAAAUGGGUUCACAAUUUGAAUCAUCUUUACAAUAGUAACAUCUAAAUUUUGUGAAU